AUAUUGAUUUUUUUUUAACCAACAACGGAUUCUCUAUUUUUCAUAUUAUUAAUGAACGGGUGACAUUGUUAUUUUGCCACAAUAAUUUUCUCUGUCUAGUCUGGAUACUAUAAAAGACCAGCUAUUUAAUCGACAAAAAACGUUUGAUCUGAUUGAAUCAUUCGGCUAGAUCGCGCUCUUUUCAUGGAAACAAAUGAUAAAUUUUAACAAAUAAACUUUUUAAAUUUAAUAAUUAUUUUAUCUACCUUACGUCAUCGUCAUGGGCGUUUUUUCACGUUAUCUUUGAGUGAGUUGAUAGUCAUUCGCAAUCUAGUUACAGCAGAAGUACCCUGUCACAUUCAAAAUGCCAGGAUACAAGUGGGUGAGGUAUUCAGGCGCGAGGUACUGGGUACCGGGCAUGAUUACCAUUGGCCGAGACUUAGAUGGAGCUCAGCUUGUUGUUGGCCGGGCUCAUCAUGACGGUGAUCUGCUACCCGCAAAAGCCAAACCUGAACAUGGAUGUGCAUAUGUUGCUCAUGGAGGGAAAGAGCAUCUGAAACAUGACUUUGAAAUACUUAUGCCGGCUGAAUUUCACUGGCUACCAGCAAGUCAUGGUCAGAUUCCACCAGGAGCUAUAGAAGGUGGUAGAACAAGCUGUAAUGAGACUCUUUUUGUUGGAAGAGCUUAUCAUAAUGGCGUGCCUUGCAUUGGAAAAGUACAACCAAGUCAUGGCUGUAUUUACAUUCCUUAUGAUGGAGCGGAAGUUUCAUACAGAGAAUAUGAAGUUUUGGUUCAACAUUAACCAGAAUUUCUACUAUUUUUAUAACUUAUGCGUGAUAAAUUAUAUAAACAGAAGUAAUAUAAAAUUACUUAUGCAGGAUAAGAUUAAUCAGUGUAAAAUAAAAUAAAAUAUGCAUUUGAGAUGAAGGUUAAUUUAAUCAAUUAAUGGGGGGCACUAAUAUCUCUUUAUUUAAUUAAUGGUCAGUCAUUCUUGUGAUAUUUAAUAAAAUUAUGAUAACGACAGCUCUAUUAAUAAGCACGUGAUAUUCAAAGCAUUGCUAUUAUUUUUAUCUAAAGCUUCAUACAAUUGUUUUAAUGAUUGAAUGAAAAUAUGGAAAUGAUUAACCACGAUAGAGUGGUCGAAAAUAGAACCCUUUAUUGCGUGAAUAAAUGAAUAAAUAGAAUGGUUAUAGCGAAUUCAAUCGUUUAUCAUAAAGAAAUCACAUUGCAUUUAUAAUUUUCAUGAUUAUUAAAAAUAUCAUGUUAUCAAAAUAAUAAUCAGUUUCAUGGCAUUCAGUUUUACACUCUAAUAAGGUUACUUUUUCUGGAAUAUUUUUAAAAUAUUGAUGUUAACAACUUACUUCUUUUACCAGAAUAAUAUCAAGAUGAAAUAAAAAUGAUAUUUUAAUACCGAUAAACCAAUAGAGUUUUGAAAUAAUACCUUGUCAACUUUUAUUCCAGUUAAAUCAAUAUUUAGUUUUAUAAUUGAAGCUUUUAGAGUACAAUUAAUUUCGAUAAGUUUACUAUAUAUAAUGCAUUACUAUUCUAUGAUACAGGAAAUCGAUUAUUAUGCUGAAAAAUCUAAUUUAUUAACAUUUCAUGGUACAAAUAAAGGGGCUGAGUGUGCGAAUAAGCUACAAGCCUCUAGGGCUUUACAUUCUAGUAUAAGUUCACUGUAUUACUACUGCUGUUGCUACUGUUACUGGUGAGAGUUCUCUCUUUUAUAUGCCAUGAUAUAAUCACACGAUUGUUCACGGUUUAAGACUCAAUUUUCGAUCAUGAUCACAAUACUUCACGUUCUGCUUUAUCCCAAUACUAAUUUAGAAUAACCUUUCGAAUAAUUCACAAUCCCUUUACUUGUAUUCUGUUCUCACAUCUGCUUUAUAAAUCAAACUGAUAAAUAAACAAAUGAUCGGAUGAAUUGAGUAAAUAACUCUUUUUUGUUUUUAUAUUAAAAUGUAGAAAUAAAUUUUCAUAAAUCAGAUGAAAAAUGAAUUUUGAUUUAAAUUUCAAAAAAUAGAUAUUUUUAUUUGAUUCUAUUAAUU